AGACUACGUAGUUAAUCUGUGCUGUAGACAAAUUAAAAAUUUAAACCGGCGCCGAGAUCUGAGAGGCAAAAAAGUGAAGAAAAAAUACAAAUAUUAGUAAAAAGCUGCUUAAUAAGUGUAGCGAUGAGUUACGACAGAAGUUUUCAGUUCCAGUCCUUGCAUCAAACUCCCAAAAACAAACGGGUUAGACAAAUUUUAGGCAGAGAUGAUACAUUAAAUAUAUCGCCAAUCAACGAGUCUUUAAUUUUGAAAACGCUAAAUGAUACAAGCUUGAGGCAAGUGUUGGAUGAAUCUUCAAUUAUAUUGAACACAGGUAACGCCGGAGACGAUUUGAAUGAAGCGUUUUUUGAAAUAAUACAAUCCGCUCGUCCGAGUGAAGUUUUGGAUACUCUAUCUAGGUUAUCUCAAGUGUGUCGUGAUUCUUUAGAGUUGGUAGAGCCCUGGCAUCGAUACAAUGCUCAUAACUAUUGGUUAGCAGAGGAAGCGAAUACAUGGAAACUUAUACAAUGUCUGUACGAGGACUCUAUAAAUGAGCAUCCCCAAUCAUUGGACAGUAUUAUUCUGGAACCUACCCUCUCACAGCAAACUUUAGUUAACGCUUUUUUUCAAAGCGAUUCCGAGUUACGUCUACUUCAACUGUUAGUAGACUGGCUCGAAGCCACUGCUGCUUAUCAAGAGGAAGCAACUAAAACUUCAGCUCCAGUUGUUAAUAACAAUGUACAUUGGGGUAACACACUUCACCAACUACUCAUUGGCUCGAGCUUAUUCAACAAAGAGAAGAAUACUUCAAUGAUCACAUGCAUGGACCCUGAUGCACCCAAACGCCAAAACAAAACAAUCCACACUGAUGACAAAAAGGAUGAUAAUGAUUUAUGUAAAAGAGUAUUCACUGAAGUGCGCUGUGGCAAGUUUAAUGAUGCAGUAUCCUUAUGCAUAAGCGCAGGGCAGGCGUGGCGAGGUGCUGUUCUACAAGGAUGGAAGUUGCUGCAUUAUGAACAAGAUAAGACUGGCACUUUAGAAGUUUCUGGAAAUUCUUCCCGAGACUUGUGGAAGUGGUGCUCUUUAAACAUUGCAAGUGAUGUCUCAGAAAAUAUAAGCUAUAGAGCUACUGUUGGAAUACUAUGCGGUCAUCUACAAAGCACUCUACCAGCUUGUCAAGGAAAUUGGGAGGAUUUGCUGUGGGCACAUUUAAGAGUUCAAAUUGAGGCAAGGGUUGAUAAAUUUUUAAGAGAGCAUCACGCUACUGCUGAAGCAAACACAACUCCACAGGAUGUUUUAGAAUUGUUGCAAAGUGAACUUCAAGUUGAAGAGCUGUCUUUGGAGCAAAUCUUUAAUGCUGUUAAAGCUUUGAUGGAAGGCAAAAGGGAGUCCAAUUAUCAAACAUGCCAGCGUCAUCUGAUGCUUGGACAUGUCCGAACAAUAAUGGAGGACUCCCUCCACUGGCUUGAAAAUUCUGAUGAGAAAUUUAUUCGAUUUCUAGCUCAUUUAGUGCUUGUACUGAGACAGAUGGGUAAGGACCCACAACAUAACGUUGGCGAUAAGGUUUUGGAGAAAUAUGUUGCACAACUUAUUGAGGGCUUAGGUGAGAGUGGCUGUGAAAAUCCCGAACUUAUUGCAUAUUACACAUCUACAGUGCCAGUUCAAAGGCAAAUUGCUCUUUAUGCAGAUUUGAUGGGUCACAUACAGAAAAGUGAACAUCGAGAAUCAGUAGUCAAUGCUGGAUUAAAAGCAGGAGUAAACGUUGCUGCAUCUGCGAGAGUAGCAAUCAAGAAAGCAAUCACGGAUAUCCAACAAGGCUAUGGAAACAUAGAUUUGAUGCUCACUCAAAACCCUGCAGUUGAAAAGGAUAAAACAUUAGUUAACCAAGUCGUUCUAUCCCUUGAAUGGUUGUCAUUUAUUGAGGAUCAAUUACAAGAAGCACUUUGGCUGAGCAAUACCAUGAUUCGCACAUUUAUAUUCAUUGGGAACACUGAUGCUGCUCUCUUAUGUGUUAAUAGCUUCCAAAAAAUGUUUACAAACUAUAUUGAUAGAGUACCAUCAAACUCUUCAGAGCUGAGAGAACAUUUAUGUCUGAAGGCCUACCUAGAAGGUUUGGAGGCCUUUGCAACUUGGUACAGACACUUCAUAAGUGGUCAACCGAAGGAUGUUGAACCUUUGCCUCAUGAUGCUACAUUUUCUGACAAGGUUCACCAUGAACAAAAGAGUGCCCUAGUAGAACAACAGAAGGCAAGAUGGAAAAAUACUGUGUUACACCUAUCUCGUCAUACAAAGAGUUUACUGUACAACACUCUGUUAUUCCCUGGAGGAUGGCUCCAAGAUGAAACUGAUAGUGUAUCCUCUAACAGUUUCACUUCAGAAGAAAAAGAGGAAAGGAACAAACAAUUGGACACUUUAAGAUGUUUGUGCAUACCUGAAAUUACAUUAUUGAUUCUUAAAAUCUUGCAAAGCAACAAUGAUAUUGAGAAUCACAAAGAAGCUAUGAAAAUCUGUGAUUUGAUUGCAGGUGAAAAUCGCUGCCUGUACAAAGUUUUCUCAAAAAACAAGCUUUUAGAAGUAUUGGACAGGAUUAAGGAAUCUUCCCUGUUACUUCUGGAAAAGGACAGGGGACUUUUUGGAUAUGAAUCAAAUGAAUAAUUUCUUAGUUUUGGUUUAAUAAAAUUUUGUAUUUUCAAAA